AUGAGAAUUGCCAGGGCAGCCCCGCAGCUGACGGAGGAGCGCUUCACGGCCGUGUCCAUACUGGCCAAGCCCAGGCCGCUCAAGCCCCGGAAGCAGGACUCCAACGACUCGGGUUCCGUCUGGCAGGUGGUCUUCAGACAGAUGGAUCCCAUUGACCCUCAGCGGGGGCCCUUCGCCCCAAUCUGGGAGGUGCCGCUUCCCAGGGCCAAAGAGGAGGUGGCAGAUGCCGAUCGCUCUGAGGCAGGCAUCCUUCCCCGAGGGGACCUGAGCCUCGGCCUUUGGCGGCCGCCGGAAGGCGUUCGGAGGCUGCCGUGCCCGUGGGAGAAGGCCUCUCUCAACGCCAGCUGCGGCAUGGCCCCACCUCGGGGCAACGGAGUUCGUCGGGACAGGAAGGUUUCGACAACGCCCCCUGCCUGCCGGCCGAAGAUGGGUGGCCACGCCCGGUGGAAGCGGCUGGCCGAACCGCGCCAUCCUGGAGUUUCUGCCGAGGCGAGUGAGUCCCGGUCCAAUGUGCCAACGCCGGGGAGGACCCGGCCGGGGAAGGCUGCCUUGAAGUACUGCGAGGCUGGCCAGCAGCGGUGA